UAUCUCAAUAUGAAACUUUCAAUAAAUAUUUAGUUCCUUAGGGUGCUACUUGACUAAACUUCUGACUUUUUAAUGUUGAAUAAAGAUGCCAAUAUUGAACUCCAGAAAUGGUGGUGGGAUCCUUUGAUAGGGCUAAAAUAACAUUGUUUUGAUAAAAAUGGGGAAAAUAUAAGCAUAAUUUAUUUAUUGUUAACUUUUUCCAUACUUAUUUAUCUAACUAACUUAUCUACAUUCUCAUGACGAUAUUUUUUUAAUAUGCACUUUAUUUCUGCAAGGUAAAUUAUAAUUCUAUACCCAGACCUGCCAACAUUGCUGACAUAAUAAUUUUAGCUUAAUAACUGGAAGUUUAAUGCAGUACCUACAUUUCCCAUGAUUCCACCGGAAUUUGGUAACUGAAAAAUCCAAGAUGGCGGCCACGGUCGGUAAACAAAAGGCGACUAGAAAUCAAUAAUUGUGUUUUCUGAUUGGACAGAGAAAUGGGGCCGAGAAUCAGAAAGAGAAAAGCUAAAGAUAUCAGCAUUACGCAAAAGGCUAUUGAGGAAAACAAUGCUCCGAUUGCAAAAUCAAGAAAAUAUGACAAGAAUGCCGAAAAUGAAAACUAUGAACAUGCUGAAAUCAAAGGAAAAAGCAAUGAAGACAUUAUCAAUCCUGACACCAAGAAAAUAAAUGCUUUAUUGGCUGACAACAGCACAGAACCUGGAGACAUAGAUCAUGUAUCAAAUCGUUUGAAUGACAAGGAAAGAAUUAACGAAAACGCUGAGGAAGAAGAUUUAAAUGUUUGUAUCAGUGCUAUAGAAUCCUACAGUCAGGAAUUAAUAGUAAUUAUUAUCGAUGGUCUAGUGUCUAAAAUAGAGGAAGAGGCACAUGACAGAGUAGAACAAAUAUCGGUUGACAAAACACUACAUGCAGGUGUUAAUGAAACUAAACACACUAUUGGAAACGGUACACAUGUGCAACCUCAAAACAACUCUACGGCCUAUGGCCUUACUACAAAAGAUGAACGCGGGGAUGAAAUAAUUGAUGAACACAAAAUACCUUCGCCCACAAAACCAACCAGUUUUACCAAGCAAGGUGGUCUUACAGCACAAGGGUACCUAGAAGGAGAAGAAACUGUCGGAGAUGUUGCAUUGGAUAGACAGAUUAAAAUUGACAACACAAAACGUGUUAAUGAGAAAGGCGAUGAAUGCAAACAGGUAGACAUUUACACUGCUGAAAACAAUGGUACGAAUAUUGAAUCAGAUCACAAAAUAGAUGAAACAGAAAAAGACGUCAGUAUGUUGGAAGAAUCGAAACAAGAAAGUAACGAGACACAAAACAGUACAGAAGCAGUUGGCACAGAAAGUAAAGAUCGGGCAAAUAGUGAAAGUAUGAGUAAUACUGAAGAGAAGAGUCGUUCAAGUCAAGAUAUAUCGAACUCACAAUUGGCUGAUAUAGACUGGAAUUCACAGUUCCCAUCAAAUAGUCCUAACACUAGUAUAAGGGAAAUUCAAGAGGUCGACACAGUCGAAAAAUACGAAGCAGUUCCUGCUCACAAGAAAUCUAACAAAGAAAACCUUAACACUCAUCUAAAGACAAAGUAUGAAGAUGGAACAGUGAUAGUUAAAGGGCUUAUCGCCGAAGUUGUACAUUUAAAUAAACUAUUGCUUUGGAAGAAGAGGGAUCUUGGCACUGCGAGGCGACAGCGUCAGAAAUGAUGAACAUUUAUACUCCAUGCUCUCAACAUUGCAGCCGGCAUUUUAAGAAGUCUUCAGUGCAGUCGUUUGAACAUUGAAAAUAGUUUUUAACUUCAGUUCAUUCAAAGUCGAUGUUGCUGAACAUUUAUGCU